UCAUCGCAUUCAGAAAACGGCCGCUGGGAAUAGAAUAGUUGACAAUAUUAGUAAAAGACGAAAAAAGAGCGAAAAAGAUAACCAGAAUUCUUCCUUUAUGGUCCCCCGACAUCCCUCUCUUAAAAUUCAGCAUGGCCUAGGGUUUUAAGUUUAACUUUCAGCCCACCAAAUCCAAAAAUUUCCUGCCGCAUUGGUCUUGGCGUUGAAUGAAUCGGAUCUUUGUUUGGAGCUCCAUUGCAGGAUCCUGCUCAACGUCGGCGGACAACUUUGCCACCGGCAAUGUCGGCAUCCAAGGCAUCCACCUCCUCUUCCCCCUCCGGAUCCGACUCUCUCACCGAACAUCCUUCCAUUGUGCUGGUUGAUGCAAAGACUCCAGCUGCUCUGGAAAUACAGGCAAUCAUUGAUGUUUUAAAGGAACAAGUAGCCUCUGAACGCACUGUUUUUGUAAAGAGACGAAUGGAAGAAAAUACACAAAAAUUAUUCGAUGUAACAAAAAAUCUAUUUAAGCUGUCAGCAGAACGGAAUCCUAAGAUUAAUGGCACAGAUCAAGCUGUAGAUUUGUUGGCCAAGAGGCAGAAAGAUGCAAUUGAUAUGCAAAAUGGAAUCAGUACCAGCAGUGGAGAUAGUGAUGGUAACAGUCCCCAAGAAGAUGGAUAUGCUUCUUCAGCAAUUCUCUUAGGAUCAAGUAUUGCAGUCAAGAAUGCUGUCCGCCCUAUUAAACUUCCUGAAGUGAAAAGAUUACCUCCUUAUACCACCUGGAUUUUCUUGGACAGAAAUCAGAGAAUGACAGAGGAUCAGUCUGUAGUUGGUAGAAGGAGAAUUUACUAUGACCAGAAUGGUGGCGAAGCCCUAAUUUGCAGUGAUAGUGAGGAAGAUGCUAUCGAGGAAGAAGAUGAAAAGAAAGAGUUCACGGAGUCUGAAGAUUAUAUUUUGCGAAUGACUGUCAAACAAUUUGGAUUUUCCGAUGUUAUCUUGGAUUUGCUGGCUCAGUGCUUUUCUAGGAAGCCUGAUGAAAUAAAGGCAAGACAUGAAGAUCUUGUUAAAGAAGGGAAUGAUAUGGGUUUUACUAGCAAUGUGAAUGUCGAUGGGUCUAUAAGUUCAUAUCUCGACAAGAAUCUUGAUGCUGCUUUGGAUUCCUUUGACAAUCUAUUUUGUCGUCGAUGUCUUGUCUUUGAUUGUAGAUUGCAUGGAUGUUCACAGGAUCUAAUAUUUCCUGCUGAGAAACCACCUCCAUCAUGCUGUCCAGAUGCAGAAAAGGAUCCCUGUGGUGCAAACUGCUAUCGGCUGGUUUUAAAAUUGGAAAGUGAUGCAUCUAUAAGAUCUCCAGGACAGGGAACUUCUGAAGAACAUCUGUUCCCGCCAUCUGAUGCCAGUGCUCAGAUGCCUAGGAGGAAGAAUUUGGGCCUAUCUGUGAAAAUGAGAACAAAAUCAUCACAAAGUGAUGGUACUUCAUCAAAUGCAAAAAAUAUAUGUGAAAGCAGUGACUCUGAGAUUAGACCUCCAAUUGAGGUUGCAGAUGCUCAGCCUUCUUCAUCGCCACCUAAGAAUAAGCUUGUCAAGAGAGGUGGUACACAGAAAAGGAAUAGCAAGCGGAUAGCUGAGCACAUGCUAGUUUCCAUGAGGAAGAGGCAGAAGAAAAUGUUAGCUUCUGAUUCUGAUCCUCUUGAAAGUGGAACUCUGGGUUUUAAAGAUUUAAGCCUUCAAUCUAAUUCGCGGAAGGAAAAUGGAGAUGAAAGUUCAUCUUCCCUGAAGUUGAAAUCUCCAAAUGCAAGAAGGCCUCGCCGGAUAUCUCCGGCUUUGGACAACUGCAAACCUCUGCAGAUUGAGACUUCUGGUUGCCCACCAAAUUUGGUUAUGGAUAACCAGCCUGUCAUAAGAAAGGAUGAUACCUCCAGGAAAAAUGACUUGCUUGCUUUGGGCUUGUAUCAACAUGAAGUUAACGAUGAUAAAUCCUGGAAACCAAUUGAAAAGGCCUUGUAUGAGAAGGGUCUAGAGAUCUUUGGCCGGAACAGUUGUUUGAUUGCUAGAAAUCUGAUGAAUGGUUUGAAGACGUGUUCUGAAGUUUUCCUGUAUAUGAAUAGCUAUGAUAAUAAGCUAAUCUCUCAAUCUGGUGAUGGAGCAAAUGCUCUAAUUGAUGGUUAUUACAAGGUUGAUGGCAAAGAAACCAUGGGUAAUGGAGUUCGGAGAAGGUCAAAAUUCUUGCGUAGGAGAGGUAGAGUUCGACGCUUAAAGUAUACUUGGAAAUCUGCUGGAUACCAUUCAAUUAGGAAGCGAAUUUCUGAGAGGAAGGAUCAACCUUGUCGUCAGUACAACCCAUGUGGAUGUCAAUCUCCCUGUGGAAAAGAGUGUCCCUGCCUUGUAAAUGGAACAUGUUGUGAAAAAUACUGCGGAUGCCCAAAGAGUUGUAAAAACCGAUUCAGAGGGUGUCAUUGUGCUAAAAGUCAGUGCCGAAGUCGUCAAUGUCCUUGUUUUGCUGCAGAUAGGGAAUGUGAUCCUGAUGUCUGCCGAAAUUGCUGGAUCAGUUGUGGUGACGGUACUCUUGGGGUUCCUUCCCAAAGGGGUGAUAAUUAUGAAUGCAGGAAUAUGAAACUUCUGCUGAAACAACAACAAAGGGUUUUACUUGGAAGAUCUGAUGUAUCUGGCUGGGGAGCAUUCCUGAAGAACAAUGUUGCAAAACAUGAAUACCUUGGGGAAUACACUGGUGAAUUAAUUUCACAUCGGGAAGCUGAUAAGCGCGGGAAGAUAUAUGAUCGUGAAAACUCAUCUUUUCUUUUCAAUCUCAAUGAUCAGUUUGUGCUUGAUGCUUUUAGGAAAGGUGACAAGUUGAAGUUUGCCAAUCAUUCUCCCGAUCCUAAUUGUUAUGCAAAAGUCAUUAUGGUGGCUGGAGAUCACAGAGUUGGUAUAUUUGCCAAAGAACGGAUCAGUGCCGGAGAGGAACUCUUUUAUGACUAUCGUUAUGAGCCAGACAGAGCUCCUGCAUGGGCAAAAAAGCCCGAGACAUCUGGUUUUAAAAAAGAGGAUGGCGGUCCUUCAAGUGGCCGUGCUAAGAAACAUACAUAGUAAAGCAUUCGUUUAACUUGUGCAAAUUGGGAUUUUUGUCAUUCUUUUCCUGACAGAAACAUCAUAUCCGGAGCAGGCCUAGGUGCAACUUCUGAUCUUUGCUGGCGAGACUUUUGACUGGCAUCUGCUGGAUUACCUUAACAGAUCAUUUUUUGAACAUGACUACCCUAAUGAGAGAGAGUAUAGGCUUACUGAAUCAGUCCGUCUCUUCUUGUUAGAUUAGGUUUUUGUGUAGAGAGCAAAUGCUCUAUGCAACUCAUUUGAUGUAUUUUUUUUCCUCAUAUUUGAGGAUGUUCUUGGGCAAAAGGGAAAGAAAUUUCAAAAGCAGGAAUCCUUGUGCAAUUGCAGACUUUGUUAUAGUAAUUUCGGCAUCAGGACUUGACAGCUGAUAAAGUAAUUUCUAGUUUUUGGUUGCUCCGUGGUUUUGGUGCUUUUGGUUGCUGCCAUGUUGUGCUGGUAAUGUUUUCCAUGCGGUAUGCUUUGCGGUGGGCUGAGUUUUGACAACGUUUAGGUUUCAGAUGCAGCGAACUUUCGUUCAACACAAUGACAAAUGUUCGAUGGCAGUACAGACACAAUGUCAACACUUAGGUUUCAGUUGUUGUUAUGAAGGUGGCAUCAUUUCAUUUAAUUUACGGCCGUAACGAGAAGCUGCCCAGUAACUGUGAUAACGUGUCCCACUACUUGAAAAGCAGUAACCAGGCAGUUGAUUGGUGGUGACGGACCCUCGCGACGGCGUACUGCUAUAUCUUUUCCAUUUAAUGGUUUCUUUCCUUUGCCAAGUUCUCAGAGAGGGAAAGGGUUGGAGAUGAUCGUUCUCCUCUCCACCUGUCCUUUGUAAAACUUGGCAGCCAACAUUUUCAUUUUCUUUAUCAGCUAUAUAAGCCUAUUCGGUGUCUUCUUUCUUCAA